AUGGGGCAGGUUCCUGCUUAUCUAUGCCUUUCCCCUCCAGAUAAGAAACUCCUAGCAGGCGGCUGCUACUGCGCGGUUGUCCAGAACCAGGUGGACGAAGUCAUCGAUGUUAUGCAGGAGAACAUCACGAAGGUGAUUGAAAGAGGCGAGCGGCUGGAUGACCUGCAGGAUAAAUCAGAAAGUUUAUCAGACAAUGCAACAGCUUUUAGCAACAGAGCCAAGCAGCUUCGGAGACAGAUGUGGUGGCGAGGCUGCAAGAUGAAGGCGAUCAUAGCGCUGGUGACGAUCAUUCUCCUGCUCGUGAUCAUUGCCUCGACCGUAAGUUGGCGGCGGGGCCCGGGGGGACGCGGCGGCGCGGCCCGGCCCGGCCCGGCCGUCUCCUCAGCGCCGGGCUUUGUCUCCCCAGUGCCGGAGUACCAGGGGGAGCCGGACGAGAUCUCCGUGCAGAAGUGCCGUGAAGCCGCCCGGCAGGUUCGGGGACCUGUUAUAGUAGAGGAUACCUGCUUGUGCUUCAAUGCCCUGGGCGGGCUUCCAGGACCGUACAUAAAAUGGUUCCUGGAAAAACUCAAACCAGAAGGCCUGUACAAGCUGCUGGCUGGCUUUGAAGACAAAUCUGCCUACGCUCUCUGUACCUUUGCAUUCAGUACUGGAAACCCAGAGGAGCCAGUGAAGCUGUUCAAAGGCCAAACUCAUGGGCUGAUAGUGGAGCCCAGAGGCCCUCGAGAUUUUGGCUGGGAUCCCUGCUUUCAGCCGGACGGCUACAACCAGACCUACGCCGAGCUGCCCAAGGCCGUGAAGAACUCCAUCUCCCACCGUUACAGGGCGCUGAGCCAGCUCUCCGCCUUCUUCCUUCAAAGCAACUCGACAGAGCCCGGCUCCGCCCCCAGCUAG